GAUCACCUAACAGGAGGCUUCUCUGGCCUUCUUUACCCUCAGAGAUUACCUUUUACACUGAAACCUGUAUGUAAAGACAGCUCAAGGGAAACAAGAAAAGUGGUCUUUAUAUGCAGGUGGUCUUUCAGUAAAGGUUCCCCUAGUACAUGUACCAUGGGAAACGCUAUGCAAGCUAGGGAAAAUUAUAAAUUGUGGUCUUAGUAGGCAGGUAGUUCUUCUAUAUAGGCAGUCACUAAAGCAUGUUUGACAGUAUUAUUUUUCAUUUAUUUAUUUAUUAAUUUUAAAUGGUUUACUUCAUUAAAAAACAUUUGCGGCCCGAGAGCCGAAUUGCAGUUUUUUUUUACAGAGUAUACAUCAGUGACUAAGUAAAAUUACAUGUUAAACACAUGCAUGGUAACAUUUAUCAAUAGUUCUCCUUUGUUUCAGCAGAUACAUGUUGCUUCCUGAUUAAGUGGUUAUGUUGAUCAAACUUGGUGGGCCAGCCUUGGGUCGCUUAAGAUGAGCACAGCAACCUCCAACAAGGAGCCCAAGGUGAACACCUUCAUCAGCUCCGCAGCGGUCAUCAAGUUUUCUGGUGGCUCCGUGGGCACAGAGCAAUGGACGGACUCGGAGGACGAGGAGGACACGCCCCAUUCCAGGACGUCACCCGACUCCCAGAAACCCCCCUUACGCAGCAGCAAGGAAGAUAAUGGCACCCGAACAGUAGGCACAAUGGACACAAUGGAGAAGGACUACAGGGAAAGGACUAAAGAGGCCGGUGUUCAUAGAGACGUUAUUGCAAACGGGAAUGUGAAUCAUAAAAGAUCAGGCAACUUGAUCCAGCCACGGUUAUCAGAUUCUCAAAGGAACACAGAUAGAAUUCUAACACAAGGGGAUAGUGAUUCAAACUUGCCGUUUCGGUUGCAGCAGGGAAAUAUGGCUGAUUUAAAACAAAGUGGUACUUCCAAGAAGAAAAUGGAAGAAAAUCUGCUGCCUGAAUCUCCCUUUCCUGAAGUGGAUGGAUUUGAAGUGGUUCCCAGGAGAAAAGGGAGCUAUCAAGAAUCUCACAAUCCAUUUUCAGAUGUGCCUUGUGAUGAUGAAGAUAAACACCAUAAUGUUGGUUCAAGAAAUCAUAGCUUUGAUGAGAAGCACAACCAUUCCUACUCCUUUGAGUCAGACUUGGAUAUCAGCUUGCCCUCAGAAGACCAGGAUCUUGCUGAAAUCACCAAUGAAGAUCUUGGAGUGGGACUCACAGAAAAUCACUUUUCUCAACCAGAGGGUAUUUUUGGUUUCUCUCGCAUUGAGGAGCUAGAGAUGGCUAUCGGGAACUGUAAAGAAGAAGUCAAGACAUCUCUAGAAAACUCGGAGAACAGGCGCAAGAUGGUCGCCAAACUUGUACAACUCAGACUUAAACUACUCCAGCUCCAAGAAGGGGAUGAAGAAGAGGAGAAGGAGGAGGUCAAGGUUGUUCUUGGUCAUCGUUUUUAUCGGAUGAAAGGAAAUAGUCGCAAUGACCACUGCGAGGUCUGUCUCUCGGUCAUCUGGACUCUCCUUCAGACGUGGUUCAAGUGUAGUGAAUGCAACUUUGGAUGCCAUGGCAAGUGCCUUAACCUAGUGAAACGAAAGUGUGUGAGUGCAAAGAUUUCAAGGCCUUGCUUUGAUCUCAAUAUUUGUCCGGAGAAAGGUCUAUCUGCUCAGAAGUACAGAUGUGCAGAAUGUAGAGCCCCGCUUGCUUUCAAUGGAGUACCGACGGAACCUAGACUGUGUGAUUACAGCGGCCUGUACUACUGCAGCAUGUGCCAUUGGAAUGACCAGGAAGUAAUACCUGCGAGGGUCAUUCAUAACUGGGACUUUGAACCAAGAAAGGUGUGUCGCCAGUCUAAACAGCUCCUCAAACUAAUGUGCAGUAAGGCAGUUCUGAGAAUCCAGGACCUUAACCCUUUGCUCUUCAACUAUGUAGAGGAGCUCAGUCAGAUCAAGAAACUGAGAGGGGAGAUCCUGACCAUGAAGGUAUACUUCCUUUCCUGCCGCAGAGCCAUGGAGCAAAAACUACUCAAACAACUCCAGGUCAGACCGCACUUUGUGGAGAACAGUGACUCGUACUCUCUUCAAGAUCUGAUCGAUACAGAAGAAGGCAAUCUUCUCACAGAGCUAGCUACUCUACAUGGAGACUAUGCAGUACACAUACGAAUCGAUUGCCAGAUAUGUCAAGGCAAGGGUUUUAUAUGUGAGAUAUGCAAUUCAAAUGAGAUUCUGUUCCCAUUUGACAUGAUAGCUACGUUGUGUGCAAACUGCUCAGCCGUGUUUCACAGGGACUGCUUCUACAAGUGGUCAGGAGAUUGCCCUAAGUGUGCCAGGCUGUCUCAACGAGCAUCUGCUGACCGGCCAGCCUCCAGCCCUGCAAGACCAAUCCAGAAAUGACCACUGUAGGAUGACCAUUGCAUGAUGACAUGUGGAGGAAAGUAUCAUUAGACUCCUGAAAAUCAGUGUUUCUCCUUUCCAAACUUGACCUUUAAUAUGGAUUUUGUUUGUUUGUUUGUUUUUGUUUUUUUUCCUAUCAGGCAUUUAACAGUCAUAUUCAUGCAUAAUAAUAUUAACAAUUAAAUAUUAUGUAGUAUGUAAGAUCAAAACUAUUAAUU